AUGUCCGAUACACUGGCAAACAACGCGUCGGACCUGGUUAUCGACAGCGACGUUUUGCUAAAUCUCAUAGCGGAAACAGAUUCGAUUGUGGCCAAUGCUUCCGACUACAACGACACUGACGUCGAGCACUUGUGGGAACUGUACCAGAGCUACAAGAAUGACAUGAAUGUCAGCCGGUCGGCUUAUGUGUGUCUCGUAAUUGCCUACGUCACGCUCAUACUGGUGGGCACUGCCGGAAACGGACUGGUAGUCACAGCUGUGGUUCGCAAAGCGUCCAUGAGGACCCCCAGGAACCUUUUCAUCUUCAAUCUCGCCGGUGAGGAUUUAAUCCAACUUCUUACUUAG